CAGCACGAAAGCCGACGCAAGUGACUCGCGGACGCUACACCUUGGUCUUUCCGGGUCCUUCCAAGCUUCGCCACUACUCCUGCUGUUCCUGGGCCGGAGGAAGAGCUGGAAAGGACCCGCUAAUCGAGAGCAAAAAUGCAUAAAAGCAGCUGGAAAAGCAGAAGACUGGGAAGAAGGAGCCAGUGGCAGAACCCUAGGUUCCGACAGCACAGUUCGAAUGAGAGGUGGGACACCCGGACACAGCAAAGCCCUCCGGAUUCCGACCACGAUGAGGAGGAGGCCCCCUCGACCUCGUCCAGCACAGCCGGGAGUUCCUCUGUGCCAGACCUACCAGGGUACUACUUUGACCCUGAAAAGAAUCGGUACUUCCGCUUGCUCCCCGGUCACAACAACUGCAACCCCCUCACGAGGGAGAGCAUCCAGCAGAAGGAGAUGGAGCACAAAAGGCUGCAGCUGCUGGAGGAAGAGGACAAGCAGAAAAAGAAAAUAACCAGGAUGGGAUUCAAUGCCUAUUCCUUGCUACAGAAAAGCAAACUGGGUUUUCUCAGUGUCCCCAGCUAUUGCCGUUUAGCCCAUGAGCUUCGAGUUAGCUGCAUGCAGAGGAAGAAGGUUCAGAUUCACAGCUCGGAUCCCUCCGCUUUGGCAAGCGACCGAUUUAACCUCAUACUGGCAGAUACCAACAGUGACCGGCUCUUCACAGUGAAUGAUGUCAAAGUCGGAGGCUCCAAGUAUGGCAUCAUCAGCCUGCGUGGUCUGAAGACCCCCGCACUCAGGGUGCACAUGCACGAGAACCUCUACUUCACCAACCGGAAGGUAAACUCUGUGUGCUGGGCCUCACUGAACCACUUGGAUUCUCACAUUCUGCUCUGCCUCAUGGGGAUCGCCGAGACGCCCGGUUGUGCCACCCUGCUCCCGGCAUCACUGUUCGUCAGUAGUCAUACAGCAGGGGACCGCCCCGGCAUGCUCUGCAGUUUCCGGAUCCCCGGGGCCUGGUCCUGUGCGUGGUCCAUGAACUCGCAGGCCAACAACUGCUUCAGUACAGGCUUGUCCCGGUGGGUCCUGGUGACCAAUGUGGUGACGGGACACCGGCUGUCAUUUGGGACCAGCAGUGACGUUUUGGCCCAGCAGUUUGCUGUCAUGACUCCUUUGCUGUUUAAUGGCUGUCGCUCCGGGGAGAUCUUUGCCAUUGAUAUGCGUUGUCGAAACGAGGGCAAGAACUGGAAGACCACCCGCCUGUUCCACCACUCAGCAGUGACAUCUGUGCAGAUCCUCCAAGAAGAGAAAUGCCUGAUGGCAUCCGACAUGGCUGGAACGAUCAAGCUGUGGGACCUGAGGACCACUAAGUGUGUAAAGCAGUACGAAGGUCACGUGAACGAGUACGCCCUCCUGCCCCUGCACGUGCACGAAGAAGAAGGAAUCGUGGUGGCAGUGGGCCAGGACUGCUACACCAGAAUCUGGAGCCUCCACGACGCCCAGCUGCUCAGAACCAUACCCUCGCCACACCCCACCUCCAGGGCCAACAUUCCCAGUGUGGCCUUCUCUUCUCGGCUCGGGGGCCCCCGGGGGGCGCCGGGGCUGCUCAUGGCUGUCCAGCAAGACCUCUACUGUUUCUCCUACAGCUGAUUCUGCAGGGCACAGCCUGGAGGACUGUGGACUUGACUUAAGGGAGUAAAAAGUAGCCUUACUUCUGCCAUAAUUGCUGCUGCCAGUGAAGGCAUUUUAAAUGGGUGCUCUGUGUGCACAGACCCCAUCCAUCCAGCUGCUGCGGAGGAAGAAGGUGCUGUGUGUUAUGUGGAGACACUUUACUAAACUUAAGUUGUGGGCUCAGAGAGCUUGAAAGUCCUUUUCAUAAAAGGUACCUGUUUCCUUUUGUUGAAUUCCUUAGACUAAUCCCUUCCCCCACUUUUAUUUUUAAAAAAAAAAGCCUUUUCUAAGGGCUGAAGGUUGGCAAUAACUAAAUUAAAGCUUUUUUCACCAAAAGCCCUUUCAAGAAGCUGAGCGAUGAGACCGGGUGAGACUGUCAGAGUGGCCGGGGUACAGAGGCAUCAUCUGUACGCACAAAAGCCACUGGAGAGAAGAGGAACAGGGGAGUCAUCUGAGUUCCUAGAGCAAGAUCCAAGGCUGGAGUUUGGUGUCAUCAAACGAGCCUUCUCAUACUCUCGGGAGACCUUUGGGAUCCUUCCAUUAUCACUCACAGGCAUUGGACAGAAGGAUGGAUCUUUUUAGAUGCUAGAGGUUUUAAGCAGGCUUGCCUUUUGUUGAGGCACCUUCCAAAAUGUUAGGUAGAGCAUCUCCUGUUUCCCUCACAGUGACUUGAAUGUCAGAUUCAAGGGCCCCCUCUCCAAGAAAAUUGGCUUUGACUUCUUACAGUGUUAAGAGAAGCAGUUUGUCAGAUGUUUGUACCAAGUGUUAAAGAGUUGUCUUUCUACCAGACAAUAAACUGAAAGAACUGUGGGAUGGUACAUCGAUUUUAAUGAUUCAGGAGACCCGAUGCUUGGCUGCUGCAGGAACAGACCCGCUACUAUACUGUCAGCUUAAAUCUUGGGUGAGGAAAAUAAAAAGGGUAGACACUGGGACUGGCCUUAGUGGCUUUGCCAAGGAGCUUCCAUUUGCCCCUCCAGGCCCACCUGUGUGCCCUCUCCACCUGCUCUGUGUGUUCCCCAAGGCGACCUCUGGACUGCCUCAGUGGCUCUCCAGGCCCGCCCCCCCGUGGGUUCAGGCAGAGCAGAGGUGGGAUUGUUAGUCCCCGGCUCACCUCCUGCUGGGCUGUGGGGGCUGUGGUUGAGUUCCUCCACCUAAGGCCGCAGCUUCCGGUGGAACACAGCUCUCUCUAGGUUUCAGUAACUUCUUUCCAUGUGUCCCUGCAGACAUACAGCUGUAAUUGCUCCUCACUGCUGCUAGCCCAGAAUGCUUCACCAGUUAAACUCUCUUCAGUUCCCCCCUUGAGCGUUAUGUCUGUUUCCUGCCAGAACUCAAACUAAUACAAUUUAAUGUACAGAGAAGCAAAUCAAGAAAAAAAAA